GCGAGUUGCGUCUCGAAUAGAUGUUUGCAAAGGGAGAGGAGGGCGCGGGCGGGUUUGGCAGAGAUUCGUCGGGCUGACGGUUGAUCUUCGCUUUCGUUUCCUGCCGAGUCGCAGAGGUUUCUGUCCAGCGAUACGAGCUGGGCAGGGCUUGGCUUGGCUAGCUGGGUUCUUGGCUGGAGGCGAUGCAAGGUGCUUUCGGUGAAGCGAAUGGAGGCCUUGCAUAGCCAUUUCGAAUUUUACUGCUCUUAUUCCACUAACCCUGGUGGGUCCUUGUAGACAAUGGAGUGCCUUGUGUCUUCUAAAGAGGCUGAGAAUUCUUCUCAACAGGAAGAAAGUGAAGAUGAUAUUGAAUUUGUUGGUGAAGGUGUAUUGAGGCCUGUCUUGGACUGCAUUGAUCUUCUUAGCAGUGAAGAGGAAUUUGAUAGCUCUUCUGAUAUGCGGGAAGAUUCUAGAAUAGAAGAUAUUGGGGGUUCCUUGGAUGGAGACAAGAAAAAUGUAAAACACAAAGACCAUGUUGAUUAUCAGAAGGAAAAAGUUGCUUCAACCCUAGAUCGCCUAGCACGCCAUGUAGAAGUAGAGAAACAGCUGAAGGAAGAGAAAAACAAAGCUUUCAAGGAAAAACUGGAUUCUCAACAUGCUCAUGGACUGCAAGAGCUGGAAUUUAUCCAGGGGCAUAGUGACACAGAAGCAGCAAGGUUGUGUGUGAACCAGUGGUUAAAAAUGCCAGGUCUCAAGCCAGGCACUGUAAACUCAGGAAGGAGAACAUUACCCCAAAAAUCACAUCAAACCCCAUCUAACAGCAGAUCCAUUUUAUGUCCCAUAAUGCACUGCAAUAGAAAGUUUGACAAUGGGCAUUUACUGCUAGGCCAUCUUAAAAGGUUUGAUCAUUCUCCAUGUGAUCCAACAAUUACUCUGCAUGGACCUCCAGCUAAUGUGUUUGCCUGCAUAGUCUGUAGCAAAAGAUUUCCCACUCGUCAGCAAUAUAGUGAACACCUUUUAUCUAAGGUUGGUGAAAAUGAUGGCCAUGAGAGAAAUUACCCUCCUCAGCAUAUUCAGUGCUUUGCGUGUCCUUGCUGUUUCCUCCUCUUUAGCAUAAGAGAUGAAUGUCUACAGCAUAUGUCUGGAAAAAAUCAUUUUUCUCAGGCUUUUAAAUUGAGUGAUAAAGCAGGGAGUCCACUUCCUUUGCCUUUGCCAACCUAUGCUAAGAAUCUUCUAAUCUCCUUAUGCAAAGAAGUUCCAUUCCAAGUGCAGUGUACAUCCUGUCAUCAGGUUUUGCGUUCCCACAUCGAAUUAACAGCACACUUCAGAACCCGUUGUCGUAAUGCUGGUCCUGUAGCUGUAUCAAAGAAGUGCAUCUCCCAAGUUGCAGAAGUGCUGAAAGUCAAAGGUUUCUGUCAAGGCUGUGACAAGUUGUUUGUCAAUGAUGACCAAAUUACUCAGCAUAGUUGCACAAAUGUUGCCAAGAUUAAACUUAUUACCACAAUGGAAGAAUCCAUUUUAUUAAUCUGUCACAUCAAUGAAGGGAAUAAAAGUGCCCCUCACCUGCAAAAGAAUGCAAGCCUUUUAAAAUCUUCUCCUCUGAAGAGACAUUUGAAAUUGAAUGGCGAUAAGAAUGAAAUUGUUUCAAAAUGGAAAAAGGAUUUGCAAGGCAACAACCAAGAGGUUUGCACAGCUCCUACUGUCAAAACUUGGGUAUGUCAGUGUGAUCUGGCAUUUCUUUCUGAAGAGCUGGUAGAAAAACACAUUUUUUCUGAAAACAGAAUCUGCCACAAAUGUGGUGUAUGUGGGAAACUUGCAGAAAAUGCAAGCAUUAUCCGUUUGCACAUGAGCCGUUUCCAUGGAGGAGCACAUUUGACUAACUUCAUCUUCUGGUGCCAAGUUUGCACUGUAGCCCUUCAGAAAGAAGAAGAUGUCUUUACCCAUGUGACAGAACUUCAUGGUGGACAUAACUUCUAUUUUGAGAAGGACAUUGCUGAGGAUGAGCUGACAAUAUCUUCUGAUUCACAAUACAGCAGUUCACUUAAACAAGAAGGUCAAACUCCAAGCCCUAUCGAACUUCCUUCAGUCCAGAGUGAGAUGGAGGUAGCUGAGAGUCUUUCUCGCCAAUGGCAGUGUCAGAUGUGUGAGGAAAUAUUUAACUCGGAGGACAGUGUGAAACAACAUUGCAAAUCAUUAGAGAGUCAUCAUUUUCAUAGAUACAGCUGUGGCUUGUGCAAAAUGACUUUUCGGAAAACGGAAACACUACGGCGACACUGUCAGGAUAGGCAUAACAAGGUUGUACAGAUUAAAUACUUCUGUGGAUUUUGUGGUGACCUCUUCUUUGAUGUUGAGAAGGAGUUUUUACUUCACUUCAGGGACUUACAUAGCAUGGAUUACCUCUGUGUGUCUGAGACAGCAGGAACCUCAAUCAAAAGCCAUGAAAUAAUAGAAGAAGGUAGUCUUCUAAACUGUGGCUGUCAUGAGAAAUACAUUUGCAAAAAAAACAGGAAGGUAGAUUACAAGAAAUGUCAAGAAGCCAUGUUGGAAAAAGGCAAUCUAUGGUUUCGCUGCACUUCAUGCUCUUCUACAGCACAAACCUAUUCUGACAUGAUGGCUCAUCUCACAAGCCACACAAGCAAAAAAACUGAUCAAGAGUUGUAUGUAGUCAGGUGUGGUUCAUGUAACAAGCAUUUUAAUAAUAUUGCUGUUGCCCAUCAGCACUUCCAUGAUAAACAUUGCUUUUUACAAAAACCUCAACUAGCUUUUGGACCACAAGCAGAAAGUAAUAUCUUCCAUUUUUCUGCCAAGAGAUCCUGCACAGACAAGGAGCCUGAUAAACUGAAGCUUUCUGUAGAUGUAACUUCAACAAGUUCUUCAGAUGAAAAAAGGCUGAAGCUGGAAGAUGCAAACAAAGAACAGACUAGAAAGCUUCAUUCCGAAAUGUUUGAACAAGGUAGGUAG